GUCCAUAAGAGCGCAAAAACAAAGAAAGAUGAGUGUAGGAAGAUUUGUGAGCGUCUCUCUGCUAAUAGCAGCUCUAGUUUCAUCACUAUGCGAGUCUCAGAAGAAUUUUGCGUGUGACAGAAAUGAUCCCGCCACGGCUAAGUACACUUUCUGUAAGGCAUCCUUGUCGUACGAGGCACGUGCCAAAGAUUUGAUCUCACGUCUCUCACUUAAGGAAAAAGUCCAGCAAUUGGUUAACAAAGCCACCGGAGUCCCAAGGCUCGGUGUUCCUCCGUACGAGUGGUGGUCGGAAGCUCUUCAUGGCGUCUCCAACGUUGGACCAGGGGUGCGGUUCAACGGGACGGUGCCUGGAGCUACGAGCUUCCCUGCCGUGAUAUUAACUGCGGCGAGCUUUAACACAUCGUUAUGGCUAAAAAUGGGAGAAGUGGUUUCGACGGAGGCUCGAGCCAUGCACAACGUUGGACUCGCUGGUCUCACGUAUUGGAGUCCAAACAUUAACGUCUUCAGAGAUCCAAGGUGGGGUCGUGGCCAAGAGACGCCAGGUGAAGAUCCUCUCGUUGUUUCCAAAUACGCCGUGAACUACGUUAAGGGUUUACAAGACGUUCACGACGCCGGAGGAAAAUCACGGCGGCUUAAAGUGUCGAGCUGCUGCAAGCAUUACACUGCUUACGACCUUGACAACUGGAAAGGCAUCGAUAGAUUCCACUUUGACGCCAAGGUGACGAGGCAAGACUUGGAAGACACGUAUCAGCCACCAUUCAAGAGCUGUGUAGAAGAAGGAGAUGUGAGUAGUGUGAUGUGUUCUUACAAUAGGGUUAAUGGCAUCCCAACUUGUGCUGAUCCUAAUCUCCUUCGUGGCGUUAUCCGUGGCCAAUGGCGUCUUGAUGGGUACAUAGUUUCGGACUGUGAUUCCAUCGAGGUCUAUUUCGACUCCAUUCAUUACACUAAGACACGUGAAGACGCCGUUUCUCUCGCUCUCAAAGCAGGUUUAAACAUGAACUGUGGAGAUUUUUUAGGUAAGUACACAGAGAAUGCCGUGAACCAAAAGAAACUAAACGGAUCAGAGGUUGAUGAAGCGCUGAUUUACAACUACGUUGUUCUCAUGAGGCUCGGAUUCUUCGAUGGCGAUCCUAAAUCGCUUCCAUUUGGCCAUCUUGGACCGUCUGAUGUUUGCAGCAACGACCAUCAGAUGCUUGCGUUAGAAGCCUCAAAGCAAGGGAUUGUGCUGCUUGAGAACAGAGGAGACCUUCCCUUAUCGAAAGCCGCUGUCAAGAAGCUAGCUAUCAUAGGGCCAAACGCAAACGCUACAAAGGUAAUGAUUAGUAACUACGCAGGUGUGCCUUGUAAGUACACAAGCCCGUUACAAGGGAUGCAAAAGUACGUACCAAAAGGGGUUGUUUACCAGCCGGGGUGUAAAGAUGUAAAGUGCGGUGACCAAACGCUGAUCGCAGCAGCAGUUAAAGUGGCAUCAGAGGCUGAUGUGACGGUUUUGGUGGUUGGAUUGGAUCAGACGGUGGAAGCAGAGGGUCUUGACCGGGUUAACCUAACCCUUCCUGGCUAUCAAGAAAAGCUGGUUAAAGAUGUGACUAAUGCUGCAAAGAAAACUGUUGUUUUGGUCAUAAUGGCUGCUGGACCUAUUGAUAUCUCAUUUACCAAGAAUCUGAGCAAGAUUCGCGCGGUUUUAUGGGUUGGUUAUCCUGGUGAAGCUGGAGGAGACGCUAUAGCUCAAGUCAUCUUUGGUGACUACAAUCCUUCUGGGAGACUACCAGAGACAUGGUACUCACAAGAGUUUGCGGACAAGGUUGCUAUGACGGACAUGAACAUGAGACCUAACUCCACUUCAGGCUUCCCUGGAAGAUCUUACAGAUUCUACACAGGGAAACCUAUUUACAAAUUUGGACAUGGACUUAGUUACUCUUCUUUCUCUACCUUCGUCUUCUCAGCUCCAUCAACCAUACAUAUCAAAACCAAUCCAAUCUUGAAACUAAACAAGACAACACCUAUCGAUAUCUCCACGGUUAAUUGCCAAGAUCUCAAGGUCAGGUUCGUCAUUGGGGUCAAGAACCACGGGUCAAGGUCCGGGAGCCACGUGGUGCUCGUGUUCUGGAUACCGCCAGAGUCUUCAAAGUCUCUGGUGGGUGGUAGCGUGCCACAUACGCAACUGAUAGGGUUUGAGAAAGUAGAAGUUGGGAGAAGCAUGACGGAGAAAGUUACCGUUGAGUUUGAUGUAUGCAAAGGACUUAGUCUCGUGGAUACUGAUGGUAAAAGGAAACUAAUUCCUGGACACCACAAGCUUGUUAUUGGAUCUAACAGCGACCAACAAAUCAUUCAUCAUCUCAACGUUGGCUUGGUUGGAGAUUCAACGGUUUCUUUAUGAACAAAACAAACAGAGCCCAUAGUUCUUGUUGUCAAAGUCAAUACUGUAAUGCUAUCAUCAUAUAUGACUAAAGACUAAAUAAAAGAUUUGGUAUAUUGAACCAAUAGUAGUCGAUACAAUACAAAGAAAUAUUUGAUUUCUCUUCUAACAUGAUAUAAAUAUUUGUUUCUGUAAGAUGUUUUUUUUCAUAUAGAAACAAAGAAUUAUAUAGUGGAGGGGUUGAUUC